CCCAGUUCGGGUGCUGGGUCCGGGGCAUCAAACCCCCGAAAAUUUAGCGAGAAAAUAGCUCUACAUACCCAACGUCAGGCUGAAGAGACUGCCGCUUUUCAGGAGGUUAUGAUGGACAUCACCUCUACCAGGGUAAGUCGGGGGGAGGCAGAAGAGGAAAGCUGGAGUAAGUACAGGCCCGGGGCUUGUCAAAAGAGUCAACUAAAAAUACGAAAAUGCUAAACAAAUAUAGCUAGCUAACUCUAGCCAAGAAUGAACGUUAUCCACGAUUUGCCUCCUAUCUGUUGAUGGAGGUUAAAUGUAAAUUCCGAGUUAUUUCACCUACCUAACUACGAUGUUGAAUGCUAUCUUAUCGAACUUGUCAAAAUUGUAAUGCGAACCAGCUAGCUAGUUAACGUUAGCGUAAAUGAACUAGUUAGCGAGCCCUGAGUUAGUCAUCUGUGGAUAAGUAGCAUUUCAAAUUCAGUAGCUAACGUUAACUAGUAGUAAGUUACGUUACUUAUCUAACGUUAGUUAGCUAGCUACUUAGCAAGCUAAUGUUAAACGAGACAUUGUAGUUAUAACUAACUUUUAAUACAUUUUCUUUUGUCACACAUUUACAAACCAAACUACCUAAGAACUGCUGAACUGUGUGACUGGUUGAUAACGUUAGUUACCAGCCAUGUUUUAGCUUAACGUUAGCUUUUCAGUGAUUAGCUAGUGCAUCAAGUGAAGUGGCACAUUGUGGCUGCUGUCAACCACCACAGCAGAACAGAUUGCAAACUCUUGGCAUACUGCAACCCACUCCAUUCUUUUCCCACUUGAGUUUAACAUUCACAAAAUGGUGUGUUUAUAGGAACUCCACGGGUGUAUUAAUUACGCCGAUUAUGUUGUAAAACGUGUCGUCUGUUGCAAUAGUAACCGUUUACUCCAAACAAAAACGUUUUUCAACGAAAACGAGAUUUCAUUUGGACAAAUUCAGGUAGGGCCCUCCCCGUUUUUCAUCGUUUGCGUACGUUUGGUUCUUAAACGGUAAACUGGUUUCCGUUGCAAGACAUAAUUAAUACACCCCAGAGUUCAUUCUAAGGAUCUUUCAAUUUGAAGUGAAUAAAGCAUUAACUGCUUUUCAAACAGAUACUAAUUAUUAAUUUGGUUAUUAAUGAAUAAAUCAACAAUAAUAUAUAUUUUUGAACAUUAAAUAUUUUAGAAACAUGGUAAUGGCCAGAAUGUCCCCCCUCUACGAAUAGCCUAUACAUUUUAUGAGGUGAAUGUGAUGCAGACUGAGAAGGAGGAAUAGAAAGGAGAAGAGGGCAAAUCAAAUUCAGUGAAGUCUCACCCUCUCAUAAAUUGCAUUGUUGGGCAGCACAGUCAAGGGCUCAAGUCUUACACUGGCUCAUCCCAACCCCUCAAAACACCCCACUUCCUUAAUUCAUGGUAACUCCCCUUUGCCAUCUCAACCACUGUCUUUUCUGGGAAUUCCUUUGAGCCCUGUCCUUUACAACCUCCCCAUGUAAUAUACGUUUUACUGCAGGAGCGUCAGGGCGGUCCAAUCAGCCUAAUAGCAAGGCAGGGUGGCGGUUAACGGUAAAUGGAGACGGAGCAUGCUGUGAAAUUGAUGUGCUGACUCUGUGUGUGUGGCGAGAGAGCAAGUAGGCCCGAACGAUGCAGUAGAGUAGUACAGAAUUACGCUGUAAACAGAUUUACGCUGAGACUUCACUUUAAAAUGUAUGCCAAACAAAACCAUUGAUUUCAAAGUUUAACUAACCAUACAGUUCUAUGCACAAUGACUACUUUGAACAAUUUACACAGUAAAUAAAAAAACAAUUACUGGAGAAACUGUGCAGAUGCAAAGUUUGGUAACAGAAUUACGGUAAAUUCUCCCUCAGUUUUAUUCUUUUUACAGACUUUAUCUGCACAGUUCAUCCUGUAAAUGUACUUUUGUAAAAUGUUAAGUGGAAAUUGUUACAAGUAGUACUUGUGCAUAGAGUUAUAUGGUUUGUUAAACUUAGAAAUCAAUGUUUUUUGUUUGUUAUACAUUUUAAGUGAAAAAGUCUCAGCGUAAAUCUAUUACCAUGGAUUUGCCCACUUCCAUUCAUUUAUUGUAUUUAAUGAAUCAGUUUGGUUGUACAACUUGUUUGUGUGUGGAGAAUUCAUAUUGUCAUCAGUGUGAUGAAUACGGAAAGCACUAGCUACUGUAAUCGUCUUCGCCUGCGGGUAGGCCUAUGUAAAAGAGAAAGGGGAUUUAAAGAUGGAAUCCGCAGUAGGGAAAACAGCACCACCGUCCGCCCCACGGCCGUUGUUAUUGCUUUUGUUUAGUUGAGUUUCACAAUUAAGGAUUCCAGCUUUUUGGUUUUUGGGCAUUUUUAGAUGGGUUCAUAAAAUCUAACAGAGUAGGCCUAUCUAAUCUGUAUGCUGGAACAGUAGUGGUUCAUAAUAAUCCAUUUCAGAAGAGAAGGGAACCGUUUAAGGGCAGAUUUAAUCUUAUGUCCUAUGAAGACCUUGUCUCAAAUUCUUCUGCUGUUAUAAUGAUAUGUUACACUGCCAAUGUGGGGAUAUUGUUGCUUUGUGAAGAUUGUUUUCAAAGUUCUUAUUUUUCUUAGAAAUAAUAAUUAAACACAAGGCCAGCUUUUCCUCAAUACUUGUGGUUUUCCCUGUGAAUGAUUGUCCAUUUCUUUUACAAUGAUGAACUCACUGCCCCCUGUUUUAAAGGUUGAGGGACUGCAUGAAAGAUGUCAGAGGCAGGACAGCACAUUACAAAAUGUCAAGCUUUUACUCAAAAGAACAAGGUCUGAAAAGACACCAAUAUGUUUGGCUGUGUCAUUAAUGGAAAUGGCCAGACAGUGUCUUACUAAAAGAACGGGCCAGCUCAUUUCAAACAUUCUAUUGUGACAUAGGGCAACCACAGCUUUGCAGGUGAUAAAGCACACUACAACAAACUCUUGAUGAUCUUGUUACCCAAUUGGUGAUUAUCUCAAUCCACUGAUGUGGCUUCUGUCUCUGUGUAGGCUAUGCAGCAAUCCAGCAGUGAAGUAUUGCAGUUUAAAGUCUCCAUCUCCUCUUUGUUCUCCAGAUCCAGGCUCAGAAAGUGCGUCUGGCUAGAACCCAGGGCCCGUACUACGGGGGCUCCCUACCCAACGUUAAUCAGAUUGGCAGGAACCCAGGCGACUUUCAGGUGAGAGAGGCUCACCUCUUUUAUCCACAGUGUGUGAGUGUGGGUCCACAUUAAUAUAUAUAUAUAUAUAUAUAUAUAUAUAUAUAUAUAUGGCCUAAAAAUCUAUCCAUACAAUCACUUGACACCAAUUUAAACACCAUGGCGUCUCUCCCUCUUCUCUUGCACCCAUCUUUAUCCUCUCCCUUUCUGUUUCUUUGUUCUCCUACUUGUGUCCUUCAUAUUUCCCCCCCUCUCAGGGUUUGUUCCACUCUAACUUGGACUCCAGUCGCUCCACACGACACCACGGCCUGGUAGAGCGGGUCCAGAGGGACAGAAGCUUCAUCUCCCCAGUGCGCCCCUACAGGAGACAAGUAUCCUUCACAAUACCUCUGAGACCUGAGUCCGGGAGGUGUUCCACAAAGCACAAUCUAGGAGUUACCCAGAGUUUUGGUCUACCUAGGCAAAGGACUUCUUUGAUAAUAUAUUAUUUUGUAAUUUUCUAUGUUGUGCUGACCAAAUCCCUGGUUGUAAAUCCCUGAUUGUGGAUGAGAAGAGUAGAUUUAGUUGUUGCCUUGACUUGUGUGCUCCUCAGGUGGACCGCUCUCCAUACAACUCAGCCUAUCUGUCCCCGCCUCCGGACUCCAGCUGGAGAAGGUAAUGAUCUGGAGUGGACCCCAAUCUGCAGAGACAUGGGUGUCCUCAGGGAAGCCUGUUUAUUUUUGAUGUAUCUUGCUUGGUUGUUUUUCUCUGCAGCAUUAUAGCUUGGUCUCAAGGUAACAAUGCAUACUAACGCGAUUUGGACUGACUAACAAGACGCCUGAUUUCAGCUUCCCUUCAUAGCCCUGAAUUUAGUUGCUUUUCGGAACUUUUAGUUAUUUUAUUUUCUCUACUUUCCUCCCUUUUUUCUGGCAUCCAAAUACUUUCUUUCUAAAACUUGAAGAGAAAAGAAUGUAACUCCCACCUCUUUUCCCUUCUUGCCAGUCCUCUCCUUUCUUUCUUUCUUUCUUUCUUUUUUCUUUCUUUCUCUGCUAAAUGGAAAAGGACAUACUCUUUGAGAAAGGGACAACGGCUUUGACAUGAAAUUAUACGUCUCUUACACACCUCCCAACACUUUUAUCUUAAUCUCUGCAAAAAUAAAGCCAUGUCGAGAUGAAGGCCGCUCUAAACCAGCGUUUCUCAUCUCUGCUCGCUUGAAUGCUGAACUUUGAGAAAUGGCCUCCAUCAAUCAGGUGAAUGGAGGGAGCUGCUCCUGAAGUUUGUUCGUGGUGGAGUCAGCACAAGUCUGUCCGAUUCUUUCCAGAUCAGCAAUGGGGGCUGGAAACACUGAUAUACAGCCUCGUAAAUUCUACUGACGUGAACCGAUCGCUGCGAGACCCCAGUCUAGCAGAGAAUUUAAGAACCUCUUACAUAAUAGCCAGUCUUGCAGACGCACAUGAGCACACACAUGCAUGAACGCAAGCUCACUCUUGCGAAUGCAUACAUUUGUGCACAUGAGCAUGCAGUAACACACAUACACACCCACAAAUGCACUCAAUUCACUCAAUAUUCUCUGUAUCCACCUACAUGAGAAAAAAGCAUAUAUGGGAUGGGCCAUGUGUUCUGUAGAAUGUCAGUCUCCCUCUCUCCCUCCCUCUCUCUCUCUAGCUCUGCAUCUCCUCGCCGUUCGUCCCAAGCCUUUACUCUUUUUUUCUUCUUCUUUUAAUCCUUCUCUGGAGAAUAACGGCCAUUUUUGUUGUUGAUCACAAAAGGAACUGUUCGGGCAACUUCCCAGGAGACAAAAGCCAGUUGUUUCGCCUCCCCACCACGGCACUCAACAGGUGAAUCCCACCCUCUCCAUCUUAUUUUCUCCCCCUCAACAUAGGGCAUCAACUCACUGUCCUGGGGCAGACAUUACCAGACAAUCGUGCCAGUGCGAGAUAUGGCCAUUCAAAGACCUUCCAAGAUCUUGUAUAUUGAAUGAGUUUAUCCUUUUUAUAUUGAAUGAAUGGAUAUUUAAGUAUGACUGUGAGUUCCAAUAUAUCAUGGAUGGAGUUAGUUUGUGGCUGCGCAGAAGUUAAAGUCAAGUGGUGAUUCUCAUGAUGUUGUUACCGGAGGACUUUUCAAAUGAGUCAUGGAUUGACUCGUAGUUGGUUCCUGUUUGGUGAAUGUGUAUGUGGGUUGAUGUGGCAAUGGAAAGAGACCCCCUGGAUAUUUCCCUCUAUCUCUCUCUCCUCUCCUAAUGGUUUUUCUUUAUGCAGGACCAACUCAGACUCUGCCCUACACACCAGUGUGAUGAACCCACCUGCAGGAGACACCUUCAGCGCUGGACACACACUCACCCCUCAGGGCAGACGCACUGGUGAGGACUCACUAAAGACUAAACCAACAGCAUAUGUUUUUAGUAAACAAAUUGGAGUGGGAGUUGAGGGUUUGCCACUUAGAUAAAAGUGUCUGCUAAAUGACCAUAUUGUUUAAUCGUGAUUGUGCCUUAAGCCCAUUCUCAGUUUGCCCCAGUGCUCUGACUUGUAUCUCUCUGUGCUUCUCUAGGUCAGAGUGAAGGAGAGGGGAGAAGAAGUGAGUCUUAACAGUCAAACUCGCUAAACACUAACAAUUCUGUAAUGUGAACACACCACAAAUAAUCUUGACAAUGGAAUGAAAUCCUAUGACCAGGAGACAGCGAUUUGAUUUCCUCAGUCAUGUUGGUUGUCACCCACAGUGUUUCCGUACCCAGUUCCCCCUAUUGAGGAGAACGUUCUGGAUCAGGGUAAACUGCUCAAGCCCUGGGACACCAAGAAGUUGCCCCUGCUGUCUUCUCGACCCAAGUCCUGUGAAGUUCCCGGUAUCAAGUAAGUCAAUCCUUCUAAAACACAUCCAAGUCAUUUCAAGUGUUUUUCUCACAGGAGAGAAUAACUUGUGUGGAAGUAUCUGUGGCUCUAGCAGUUUGCAAACCUACUACAGUAAUCUACAGUCAUCUGUUUCAGUGCAGACACACGGUUAUACAAACCCGCAAUGUCGUGCAUUAAUGUAGACCUAAUGUAAAUUGUUGUUGCUAUUGCUGCUUACAUUAAUGUAAUUUGUUUAAUUUAAUGUGAAGCAGCAAUAUAUGGAGGGGAGUCUGAUAGGAGACACGGUAUUGUACUAUGGCUAGCAUGUGCCCUCAGGUAUGACAUACAUUUAUGAAUCCAUGGCCGAUUUCUGUUGACGUAAAAGCCUCCGCUCAAUCUCCAUUUGUUCUCUGUUGAAACAUCCAUUUGAAAUAUCUCCUUCCGUUCUCAGCCUCUGUUUGUCUAUCCUCCUCUUCUUCGUCAUGACUAACAGUCGGUGUAGCCAGGGAUGCAGAGGGUUGGUUGACAUGACGUUACACUCCCCCAAAGCCUUUUCGUUACGCACUCUUUUCUCUUUCUCUCAUAGCUGGGGUUUAGAUUGGAAUGUGUGUGUAGUGGACAUUCUUAAUUUUAUUCCUCUCUCAUUCGCUUGUUCUUUUAUCUCCCUCCAUUUCUUAUUUUUCUCUUGUUCUCUCUCUCUCCUCUCUGUAAUUUAUUAUCUCGCUCGCUUUCUCCCCUCUCGGUCCAUUCUUCUGUUAUUUUUCUCUCUCUGUCGUUCUUUCUCUCUGCUGAUGUUGGGUGUGAGUCAGUUUAGCUCUGGGACGCUGAGAUCACCCUGUCUGUCUGGAAACCACACGCACACCAGUGUCUAAUUCUUGACGAAUAUGAGACACCACUGUGGUUUCCCUCCCCUCCUAAAUAGUUUUUCCAUCUCCUCCUCCAGUAUCUUCCCCUCCCCGGACCAGCAGUCCAGCACCCCCCAUGCUCCCUCAGCCCUGAACACGGGGGGCUCCCUGCCCGACCUGUCCAGCCUGCACUUCCCCUCGCCACUGCCCACCCCGCUGGACCCAGACGAGCCGGGCUACCCCUCGUCCCUGAGUGGGGGCAGCAGCACGGGUAACCUGGCCUCCACCCUCACCCAGCUGGGCAUCAAUGCCAGAAAUGCCUUCCGCCACUCGCCAGGUACAGGAAGGGGCUCUGGGAUAGAGGUUGAAGAGUGUGUGUGCUAUUGUGUGCCAUGUUGAUCUUCAGCACCUCUCUCUUGCAUGUAUGUUAGUGUGUGUGCUCAGUCAGGCAUGCUAGGAACAAUACAACCCUUUCCGUCACACUAGUUAAAAUGUCUAAGUUGUGAGUCAAACGGAAGAAGCUAGCGGGUGUUGGUGAAAGAGGGAGAUAGGCCUAUAUUAAUUUAAGAUUUAUUUAGAAAGUGAAAGUGGAGGUUAAGUGGAGGGCUGUGCAAACAGAGAACGCGGACAGAAUCAGAGAAUCCAGACAAUAAAACGGAAGUCAACAAUAUUACAAAAAUGUAUUGAACUUAUUAGUAAGGGAGUCAACUAAAUGUAUUGAAAAUGAAUUAAUUAGCCCAAGUUUAUCAUAAGACAUGAACAGAAUGCUUCAGUGAUUUGUAUUUCCUGCAACUUUCUGAAGAGGCAACGAGAAUUCCCCCGUCUGUGUAUGUGUGGUGCGCGCAGCUACCACUUUGUGUAGCUGUUAGCGAUGAUGCUAAUGAAAAAUCUUCUGGUAGAUGGAAAGACUUUCUCAAAAACCUUCUCAGUUAAAUGUUAACUACAAAGUAGCCUAUGCUUACCUGGCAGAAUGAUAUCAUGAUUAUUUGCAUCAAUCCAGUGGGUAUUUGUUAUGCAAACUCUACCAUAACAAAACACAGCUGAACAGCCUCUUGCUAGGUGUGUGUUAUGAUGAGUCUCUCGGGUAUCAAGGAUGCAAGGAUAUACUUAGACACUUUGUAGACAGUUAAUGCAAAUGUUUAAUGAUCGGUACCGGGUUCGUUACAACAAUGACCAGAGCUUUGCCCUUGGUGUUACGAACUAACUUGAACAAAAAAGACACUCUACCUUAUAUACCUUCUGUUACCCUCUUCUUGGCAUACAUCUGGUAAGUCUCCAUGGGCACUCCCUGUCUUUGAUGUUCAUCACUCUUUACCCCAAGUCAGUAUCCUGCCCAUCACUCAUGCUAUCCUAAACAUCAGUAAUCUCCUUUGACAUAAUGGAAUGUAGACUUUCUGUCUCCUAACCACUUAUCUAGUAACUGUAACCUGUUCCCCACGAUACUAUGACAUGACAUCUUAUACCAUAAAAACAUAAUAUCAGUGUGCACUGGUAUUAAAGGGUAACUACACCCCCAAAAAAAUCCCAGACCUCAAAAGUGGUCUCCUUAUGUGGUUUAAGCAUUGUUGUGGACUUAAAAAAAUCCCAUUUAGUUAUUUUCAAUUCAAGUGUGAGAGCGAAAACCUGAAAGAAACCGGGGAAAACGGAAACCUGGAAAAACAAAACGAAAUUUUGGGAAAAAACGAAACGGAAUCAGGCAAGAAAUUAAACAGAUUUUAUAGGGCCCUACUGGAUCUGUGUUGAGGUGAUUUGGCUGACCAUACACAGGAAACUGACACUGAGUCGCCGAGUGUUGUUAACUUCAGUCUAGAGCUGCAUGUCCAUAGUCUGAGGUGGCGUGCUCUUCUUGUCUCCUCUCUUCGGCACUGACGGAAACGGGUGAAAACAGUAUGGUGAAUGCUUACCAGAUAUUUGCUGGUAUUAUUCUAGUUCGUUCACAUCAGUGCAAAUUUAAGGAUACGAGGCAAAUGAAGGAAAGGAGACAAUAAAAGGAAACCUAGACUCUUGAGAUGCACCCUACAGCUCAGGGCCUCUUUAUGGGAGCUAGCGUUAUACCUCUCCUGAUAUGACCGCCAGGAGACAAACUGUGUUUGCAGUUUGUCAAAUCAAAUGUUAAAACUAUGAAAUGUUGCAAUACAUUUUCAUUGAAUUUAGAUGUGUUUGAAGUCUUCUACACUGAACAAAAAUAUAAAUGCAACAUGCAACAAUUUCAAAGAUUUUAGUUACAGUUCAUACAGUGGGGAAAAAAAGUAUUUAGUCAGCCACCAAUUGUGCAAGUUCUCCCACUUAAAAAGAUGAGAGGCCUGUAAUUUUCAUCAUAGGUACACGUCAACUAUGACAGACAAAAUGAGAUUUUUUUCCCAGAAAAUCACAUUGUAGGAUUUUUAAUGAAUUUAUUUGCAAAUUAUGGUGGAAAAUAAGUAUUUGGUCACCUACAAACAAGCAAGAUUUCUGGCUCUCACAGACCUGUAACUUCUUCUUUAAGAGGCUCCUCUGUCCUCCACUCGUUACCUGUAUUAAUGGCACCUGUUUUAACUUGUUAUCAGUAUAAAAGACACCUGUCCACAACCUCAAACAGUCAUGCUCCAAACUCUACUAUGGCCAAGACCAAAGAGCUGUCAAAGGACACCAGAAACAAAAUUGUAGACCUGCACCAGGCUGGGAAGACUGAAUCUGCAAUAGGUAAGCAGCUUGGUUUAAAGAAAUCAACUGUGGGAGCAAUUAUUAGGAAAUGGAAGACAUACAAGACCACUGAUAAUCUCCCUCGAUCUGGGGCUCCACGCAAGAUCUCACCCCGUGGGGUCAAAAUGAUCACAAGAACGGUGAGCAAAAAUCCCAGAACCACACGGGGAGAACUAGUGAAUGACCUGCAGAGAGAUGGGACCAAAGUAACAAAGCCUACCAUCAGUAACACACUACGCUGCCAGGGACUCAAAUCCUGCAGUGGCAGACAUGUCCCCCUGCUUAAGCCAGUACAUGCCUAGGCCCGUCUGAAGUUUGCUAGAGUGCAUUUGGAUGAUCCAGAAGAGGAUUGGGAGAAUGUCAUAUGGUCAGAUGAAACCAAAAUAUAACUUUUUGGUAAAAACUCAACUCGUCAUGUUUGGAGGACAAAGAAUGCUGAGUUGCACCAUACCUACUGUGAAGCAUGGGGGUGGAAACAUCAUGCUUUGGGGCUGUUUUUCUGCAAAGGGACCAGGACGACUGAUCCGUGUAAAGGAAAGAAUGAAUGGGGCCAUGUAUCGUGAGAUUUUGAGUGAAAACCUCCUUCCAUCAGCAAGGGCAUUGAAGAUGAAACGUGGCUGGGUCUUUCAGCAUGACAAUGAUCCCAAACACACCGCCCGGGCAACGAAGGAGUGGCUUCGUAAGAAGCAUUUCAAGGUCCUGGAGUGGCCUAGCCAGUCUCCAGAUCUCAAUCCCAUAGAAAAUCUUUGGAGGGAGUUGAAAGUCUGUGUUGCCCAGCGACAGCCCCAAAACAUCACUGCUCUAGAGGAGAUAUACCUCUACCAGCCACAGUGUGUGAAAACCUUGUGAAGACUUACAGAAAACGUUUGACCUGUGUCAUUGCCAACAAAGGGUAUAUAACAAAGUAUUGAGACAUUUUUGAUAUUGACCAAAUACUUAUUUUCCACCAUAAUUUGCAAAUAAAUUCAUUAAAAAUCCUACAAUGUGAUUUUCUGGAUUUUUCUUUCUCAUUUUGUCUGUCAUAGUUGACGUGUACCUAUGAUGAAAAUUACAGGCCUCUCUCAUCUUUUUAAGUGGGAGAACUUGCACAAUUGGUGGCUGACUAAAUACUUUUUUCCCCCACUGUAUAAGGAAACCAGUCAAUUGAAAUAAAUUCAUUAGGUCCUAAUCAAUGGAUUGCACAUGACUGGGAAUACAGAUGUUGGUCACAGAUACAGUACCUUUAAAAAAAAAAAAAAAGUAGGGGCGUGGAACAGAAAACCAGUCAGUAUCUGGUGUGGCCACCAUUACCCACAUCUCCUUCGCAUAGAGUUGAUCAGGCUGUUGAUUGUGGCAUGUGGAAUGUUGUUCCACUUCUUUUCAAUGGCAAACAAAUUUGUGCGCAACAUUUGAGAGAAAUAAGCUUUUUGUGCACAUGGAACAUUUCUGGGAUCUUUUAUUUCAGCUCAUGAAACAUGGAACCAACACUUUACAUGUUGUUUUUAUAUUUUUGUUCAUUGUAUUAUGAACGCAUUACCACAACUUUUUUUCACCAGGACUCAAAAUGUGUAUUUUAUUUUAUGUAGCUCUAUAUUCACAUUUAUUUAUCGGUCUUGUUUAUUUGAACAGGUCUCCUAGCAUCUCUUCAGGGCACUCUCAGUAACCCCUCCCUGCAGUCCUCGCUAAGCAACCCCAACAUCCAAUCAUCUCUCAGCAGCCACUCCUUCCCCAACUCCCUCAGCUCCACCUCCUUGCACUCAUCGCUUAGCAACCCUUCACUGCAGUCCUCCCUUAGCUCCUCCCCCUCCCUCCAGUCUUCCCUGAGCAACCAAUCCCUGCACUCCUCCCUCAGCAAUUCCUCCUUGAGUGGCCAGUCCCUCCAGACGACGGCCAGUAACCCUAGUUACAGUAGCGGGGUGGGAGGGUCCGGCUCGUGCUCCUCUUAUUCGCCACUGCUAACUAGCCAGGGGCAGUCACCACUCAGCACGUCGCCACGGAGACGAGCUCAGCUCUCCCCUCUGAUCCUACCCAUGGGAGGGGAGUCUCGCAGGCACCACUCCAAACAGUUCUCCCCCACCAUCUCUCCUAACUUGUCCUCCAUAACACAGGUAAUGUCUACCUACGUUCUCCUUUAACCAUGAUUUAAUCAGAUAGGCCAGAAUAAGCACUGCACUAGGGUUGGGCGGUAUCCAGAUUUUCAUGCCAUCAUGCCGUUCCUGUGCUGCACGCACAAAAUAAAUUGUAGACAGCAGGGAUCUUGAUCCAGGAGGGGAUUUGUCUCUGCUGUAACCAAGAAGAUUGAUCUUGUAAGCUAGCUACUUAGUUAGCCAAAAUAACCUGACUAGACUUUUACUAAAUUACUGCUAGUUUUUUAUUAAACUGCCCUUUUUGUCAGCAUGGUAUGGUAGCUAAUGCUGCUUUAUCUAUUAACCUAGUGCACAAGUUGACUGUAGGUAUUUAUUUAAAAAUAACUAAUAUUAAAAUUGAUGACAAAACAAGCUAAAAAUGUUUUGACGGUAUUGAAACCAUACUGUGGGUAUUUCAAAAUACCCCGGUAUAUAGUUUAUACUGAAUACCGCCCAAGCCUACACGGCACCAUAACAUUGGCCGAUCUGCAUGCCAAUUGAGUUUGUAUUCCAUUUCCAAUCAAUGUGUUUAUCUCCUCCCAGGGCGUCCCUCUGGACACCAGCAAACUGCCCAUGGACCAGAGGCUCCCUCCCUACCCCUUCAGCCAAACCCAGCAGCAGCUUCAUCAGCCAGGUCCUCCAGCAUCCCAUCAGCCCCAGCAGGCCUCUCAAGCAGGACAACAGCUCUCCCAGCCGUCCAUGGUACUGCAACAACAACAUCAACAACAGCACCAACACCAUCAGCUGCAUCCGCAAAUCCAGCUGCACCAGCAGCAACGUGCCCAGUCUCAGCAGGCCCUCCAGCAGCUGCACCUGCAGAACCUGCGCAAUUCCCAGAAUCAGCAGAUGCAGCACCUGCAGCAGCAGCAUAGGGUGUCGGUCAAAAUUGAGAUGCAGGGUGAGCAGGGACAGAACUCCCAGUGCCUGCAGACGCAAGACCCGCGGUCGACCCAGCAGCUACAACAACAGCAGCUACAACAACAACAGCAACAGCAGCAGCAGCAGCAGCAACAACAACAACAACAACAACAACAGCAGGACCAGCAAGACCAACAGCAGCAGAUGGAGCAGCAAAGGCCGCAGGGAAGUCUUCCCCAGCUGCAGCACAUCAGCCACUCCCUGGCCACAGACCUGGGCCUCUACAACGUGAGUAGAGUCAGUGCCAGCCCAUACACACAACACACUGCCCCAAUUGGCCGAAUAAAGCCACAAUUUCCUCUUCUACGUCCUCCUACUAUCGGUCUGUCACGAUUAACCUACCUCACCUCUCUGGGGCAGAGGGGCAUGCCAGCCAGCUAACAUGCAAAGCAGCGUGGUUUGAUGUCUUUGUAAAAGCAUGGUUUUAAAGCAAGCGCAAUGUUAUAAACAUUGGUUGUGAUAGAAAAUGAGGUCAACUAGAAUGAUCCGGAUGAUGUACUCAUCUGUACAGCUAUUAUCAAGACCAUAACCAGUGUCAGCCUGAUGGCCUCUGGUCACACCAGGGCAUAUUAUUUUAAGAGUUCACUCUGUCAUCAGUUGAAGUCGGAAGUUUACAUACACCUUAGCCAAAUACAUUUAAACUCAGUUUUUCACAAUUCCUGACAUUUAAUCCUAGUAAAAAUUCCCUGUCUUAGGUCAGUUAAGGAUCACCACUUUAUUUUAAGAAUGUGAAAUGUCAGAAUAAUAGUAGAGUUAAUUAUUUAUUUCAGCUUUUAUUUCUUUAAUCACAUUCCCAGUGGGUCAGAAGUUUACAUACACUCAAUUAGUAUUUGGUAGCAUUGCCUUUAAAUUGUUUAACUUGGGUCAAACGUUUCGGUUAGCCUUCCACAAGCUUCCCACAAUAAGUUGGGUGAAUUUUGGCCAUUCCUCCUGACAGAGCUGGUGUAACUGAGUCAGGUUUGUAGGCCUCCUUGCUCGCACACGCCUUUUCAGUUCUGCCCACAAAUGUUCUAUAGGAUUGAGGUCAGGGCUUGUGAUGGCCACUCCAAUACCUUGACUUUGUUGUCCUUAAGCCAUUUUGCCACAACUUUGGAAGUAUGCUUGGGGUCAUUGUUCAUUUGGAAGACCCAUUUGCGACCAAGCUUUAACUUCCUGACUGAUGUCUUGAGAUGUUGCUUCAAUAUAUCCACAUAAUUUUCCUUCGUCAUGAUGCCAUCUAUUUUGUGAAGUGCACCAGUCCCUCCUGCAGCAAAACACCCACAGCAUGAUGCUGCCACCCCCGUGCUUCACGGUUGGGAUGGUGUUCUUCAAGCCCCCCUUUUCCUCCAAACAUAACGAUGGUCAUUAUGGCCAAACAGUUCAAUUUUUGUUUCAUCAGACCAGAGGACAUUUCUCCAAAAAGUACGAUCUUUGUCCCCAUGUGCAGUUGCAAACCGCAGUCUGGCUUUUUUAUGGCGGUUUUGGAGCAGUGGCUUCUUCCUUGCUGAGCGGCCUUUCAGGUUAUGUCGAUAUAGGACUCGUUUUACUGUGGAUAUAGAUACUUUUGUACCUGUUUCCUCCAGCAUCUUCACAAGGUCCUUUGCUGUUGUUCUGGGAUUGAUUUGCACUUUUCGCACCAAACUACGUUCAUCUCUAGGAGACAGAACGUGUCUCCUUCCUGAGUGGUAUGACGGCUGCGUGGUCCCAUGGUGUUUAUACUUGCGUACUAUUGUUUGUACAGAUGAACGUGGUACCUUCAGGCGUUAGGAAAUUGCUCCCAAGGAUGAACCAGACUUGUGGAGGUCUACAAUUUAUUUUCUGAGGUCUUGGCUGAUUUCUUUUGAUUUUCCCAUGAUGUCAAGCAAAGAGGCACUGAGUUUGAAGGUAGGCCUUGAAAUACAUCCACAGGUACACCUCCAAUUCUGGAAUUUUCCAAGCUGUUUAAAGGCACAGUCAACUUAGUGUAUGUAAACUUCUGACCCACUGGAAUUGUGAUACAGUGAAUUAUAAGUGAAAUAAUCUGUCUGUAAACAAUUGUUGGAAAAAUUACUUGUGUCAUGCGCAAAGUAGAUGUCCUAACCGACUUGCCAAAACUAUAGUUUGUUAACAAGAAAUGUGUGGAGUGGUUGUAAAACGAGUUUUAAUGACUCCAACCUAAGUGUAUGUAAACUUCCGACUUCAACUGCUAGAAUUGGCUCACUAUUUUGUAUUGUAUAUUUUGUAAUCAGCUGAUUUAUUUUUAUACAUUUGGCCAUGCAAAUUGCUCACUGUUAAGCCUCCUAGUGUGUGACAUCCUCAAGUAUGAAAUAAUAUAAUAUCAUCUCUUUACCCAUGACAUUACUCUGCUGUCAUGGGAUAUAUUUAAAACAGAACUUGGGCUAUUCAAGAGGCCAUAUUGUUAAAACUGUGGCUCAAUAAUUUCCUACUUGAUGCUUCACAUUUCCUGUACCUGUAUAGCUUCUCAAUACAUUUCCAAUGCUCACUCAAGUCUCAACUUUGUUCCAAAACUUGCCACUGGAGAUUGUUUCACAACAUCCUUCUGACAGAUGAUGUCAUUGAACAUGCGCACAAGUUUUUUAGCUGCAGAUUGCGGUGUGUGAAUCUUGAUAGGGAACGCUGAUGUCAUGCCCAAGUGAGGUGAAAUGGAUCCUGGGCUCUGUUGUUGAAUGGCUCUAUUAAUAGCAGUCCAGAGAGCAGACUGUCUUUGUGUGCUGAGGGGCUGUGCUAUUGAGACCACAGUGAAAUUGGCCUGUAGGAUGUAGCAUCAAUGAAGCCCCACUUCACUGCUACAGUACAUAUUGUAGGUGAUGUCACCCAACAUAAUUUGGUAUGACGUGUUGUUCCGUCUUUACACUAAAGUACCUGUGUUUUGUGUUGUAGGACACAUUACUGUUAAACUCUCUGUUGGAUGAUCCCUACCUGGGCCUGCAGAUCGCCUCCAGACAGAACCAGCAGGUACACCAUUUCUGCAGACACUUUAUUUCUCUCAGGCUCAUAUUUCUAUUGACUACUGUACCUCUGCUUUCAUUGCUGAGUUCUGUUGUACUGUAUUUGUCUGCCUGAGUUCACUUUUGGUGUUUUGUCCCCGUCUCAGUUCAACAUGGAGACUCAGGGAGACAGCCUGUCGUUCAACCAUGGUGGCUUGGGCAGUGGGAGUGGUGGAAAGGGCCAGGAGGAAUCCUACCACCCCAACCAUGGCUUCCUGGCGCUCCACGACUCAGGGGAUAGGCAACACCUUAACAACCAGAACUUCGGGGGAGAGGGAUGCCACAAUGUCCCUAACAUCAUCCUCACAGGUGAGAUCUGGGCUACCACUUCGGCUAUUACUCCCCUGUAGUAGAGGAAUGCUUUCCAAGUAUAUAAUUAUAACUAUAACUAACACACUAACCCUGAGUGGCUCAGUUGGUGGAGUAUGCCACUUGCAAUGGCAAGGGUUGUGGGUUCGGUUCCCGCUGGGGCCACCCAUUCGAAAACGUAUGCACACAUGACUGAAAGUCCCUUUGGAUAAAAGUGUCUGCUAAAUGGCACAUUUAUUAUUAUAUUACUUGCCCUCCUUUCUCUCUUCGCCAGGAGACAGUUCGUUGGGCCUCUCCAAGGAGAUCGCCAGCGCCCUGUCCCACGUGCCAGGGUUUGAGAUGGACUCCUUUGCCCUGGACGACCCCCUCAGGAUGGACCCCCUGGCCCUUGAGGGGCUGGGCAUGCUGGACAGGGACCUCAUGCUGACCGACCCCGCCGUGGAAGACUCCUUCCGCUCCGACCGCCUCAAG